AACCUGAAGAUAAGCCACAAGAAAAUCAACCGGAGAGAGAUAUGGUUAUGGAUCCUUUUUUGGCAACUGUCCAGUGUGAAAACAUUUAAGUGAUUUUUGGCUGCAUGCUGUGUUCCCAGUCUAAGUGUUUGCUGUGCUUGUGCCAAGUCAAUGCAGGAGAAGUUGGCUGAGGCUAUUUUGAAGCAAUCUCAAUGUAGUUCAGAGCCAGAGUUUAGUGAUACAAGCACAGAGGAAGAUGAAGGGGCCUCAGUGAAGAUCCAAAAGGAUGGCCAAGGAGCUGAAAUGGCUGAAAUCACUUUGCCUCAACCAUCAAACACACAAGAUGAUAUUCCAGAUGAAAGUGGACCCAACUCACAGGAGGCUGCAUGUGAGGAAAGGGUGCAUGUUGAGAUGGGUCGGCUUACAGAAGAGACAAAUACACAGGAACCUCAUUUCCACACAGAAGAAGAAGUACAAGAAAUAGAUGAGACUAAGGAAGGAGCGGAAAGUUUAGACAUGGAGGAAAAGCAGACGGAAGAACGAAGUGAGAGUACAAAUGAGGUUGAACAACCAGAUAAAAGAGAGGAAGUGAAAACUGAAACUGAGGAGGCACAGGAGAAAGUUAUGGAUGGGGACAAUACAAUUGCAGAGGUACAAGAUUCAAUAGUACAAGAACCAGAGACACAUGCUGAAAUGCUAGACUCUGAAAAUACAGACACUGAGGUUCCAGAGAUGAAGGGAGAGGGUUCGGCAUGUCAGACAGAGAAUGGUACAGAAACAGGUGCAGGUGACACUGAGAGGCAGCGAGACGCUGAUGACGCAGAUCAGAACAUAGAGAGGAGGAGUGAUGGACAGAUAGACAGAGAUGAAAGAGAAGACCUAGCAGAUGAGGCUGGGGAUGAUAGAUCAACUGGGGAAAUGGUACAGGAGACAGAUGGCAAGGUGGAUGAUGGGGGCUCUGUUGGUAAGGUGGAAGAUGGAGAAAAAUCUAGUGAAGGUAAGGCAGAGGAGGAAGCUACAGAAAAGCUAGAGGUUGAGGAUAGACUUGAAAAUCUGGGAAUGGAAGAGGCAGUGAAACUUGGGGAAGAAGAGACCCAAGGUAGUGAGAAAGAAAAUGAGGGUGGCCAUGAUUUAAAUGCAGAAGAUAAAGAAAAUGAGGAUAGUACAGAAAAAGGUAAAGAUGUUGUGAAUGAUAAACAUUAUGAAGAAGAAGCUGAAGAACUGUCUAGUGAGGCUGGGAUUAGACAAAAUGAUUCAGAGGGUGGUCAAGAUGUGAGUACACAGGGUAAUGAAAUAGAGUAUGAUGGCCUGAAUGAUGAACAGAAUGAAACAGAAGAUGGAGAACAGGUUAGAAAUAAACUUACUGUUGAAGCAGAGGAAGAAGGGCAAGAGAAACCAAACAGUGAGGAUGAUAUUGGAGGAGAAACCAAAAAAGUGAAAGGCGAAACAAUGGAAGAUGGGAUUCAGAAAGAGGAAGAAGCAAAGGUGGAGGACAAGAAGAUAGAUGAGAUGGCAGAGGGAACAGAUGGAAAUUGUGUAGAGAAUGAGUUAGAAACAGGUGAAGAGUUGGUAGAAGAGCCAGAGAAAGAGGUGACAGUGAGAUUAGUGAGAAUUAGUGAGAAUACCUUAGAUACAGGAAAUGGAAAAGAAGAGGCAGUUUCUGAUGAAAAUACAGCCCAAAAACUAGAAGUCAACUUUGAGGUCCAAAAUGAGGGAUCUGUUUCACAGGAAAAACUAAAUGAAAUUGGUUCAAGGGGGGCACCCAAUGAUGACAUAGAGGCCAGUACCAAGGAAGAAGUAGAUGAACCUACUGGUGUGAAUAAUGACCUGCUGGAUGGUAACAUGGAUAAUGAAAAUGGAGAAAGACAAGAUGUCAGUCUUGAGGAGGCUGAGAAGGUAGAAGAAUAUUUUCAAGAGGAAUUGCAAGACAAAUCAGAGAGUGAGACAACUGGUGAUAGGGCUCAAGAUGUUUUAGGUGAUUAUGAAAAGCCAGAAACUGAUAAAGAUAUGAAAGAAAUAGAAAAAGAUGAUGACAACGAGCAAGAGACUGAAAACAAGUCAGAUGCUGAACUUGUUCCCUCAAAAAGAGAGUCUCAAUUGGGCGAUGAACAUGAGGACCAGGCCAGUGACAAUCAAAAAGCAGACAAACAGGAUGACAAAGAAGAGUCUGAUAAAGAAUUGGAAACAUCUGCAACAACACUCAUAGAAAAUGUAACCUCUCAGAUAACCCAGGAGAUGGUCAAUAAGGAUACAGAAAAUGACAUUGUCUCGGCAGAUGCCACAGCAGAAGAACCAAAUGAGUCAGAACUGAAAGGUACUGACACUGAAUUGAGAAGUAGAGAUGCUCCUGAAGUAAUUGAUGUUGAUCCAGUGGAACCUCUGGAAAAGAAAGGAAAUUCUGUAAAUAAUGAUGGUGGCUCAUCGGUUUCCCAUUCACUGGAAUCACAGCCUGUGGAGAAAGUCAAAAAAGGGGUUAAAGGUCCAGUUCUGAGCAUCGAUUCAGAGGAUCUUGCCAUUCAUUCAACAGCUUUAACUAAAGCAGCUGGGGUGGAUCUAGUAAGUAACUGGAUCAACAUACACCAGGAAUCAAGGUAUUUUCAGACAUUCAUCGAUGAUGAAGAGGGUCUCAUCUUGGAAGAAACCGAGGAGAGGCUAAAUGGUGAAGUAUUAAAUGCUACAGAUACACCAACAAGUACUGAUAUUGAGGGCCUUGAUGAAACACUCAAGAGUAGAGAUGAAACUGCAACUCCUGUAAGGAAAAUUCUCGAUGAGAAUGCAGAGUCUGUGGCUGAAAGCUUGAAAACAGAGACAAAAGUUGAAGCCAUAGAAUCAGAUGCUCACACUAAUCACUCUAAAGACAGCUUACAUACCUCAACCAAAGAUGAAAGAGUCCAGGAGGCUGGAGAUACUAGAGGUUCUUUGGUCACUAUUUGGUCAAGACAGAGUAAUGGUGGACACACCAAUCAAAAAGACACUUCUGGACAGGAAACUUCAAUGCCAGAUGAUGUCAUAAACCUAGAGACAACAGCAACAUCUAAAGACAUUCAAGAGCGAACACCAUCUGAAAAUGAACAACAGGAUGUAUCUACAAAUGUCGACCUGAAUGCAAAAGAGUCAGAAAGAAGUAAUCAACCAAAUAUGACUGAUAAAACCACACAUUUAUUCCAAACAGAGGAAGCAAGUAACGGAGAGACCCUGGAAAGUUCGGAAUGUAUUGAGCCUCACAGUCCGACAAUCACAGUAAUUACAGACCUCACAAUCAUCAAUAAAUCAGAAAACAGGAUCCAAGACGACACUGCAAGUGUAGACUUUCAUUCUAGCCAGUCAGAUGGAAGCAGGAACGUGGACGGAAACAGGAAAACAAAAGUAAUUGACACUUUAAGCACGUUUUCAUUGGACGACUCAAGGUUUUUUGGGCCCACAGGAUAUCCCAGAUUAACGACUGCUCACACAGAGAACAGUUAUUAGUACAAUGGUAAAUCCUUCAGCUAACCCAGGGGUGUCCAACUCUUUUCCUGUCCUGCCGAGUUUAGGUCCUACCCCAAUUAAACAUAUUGGAAACAGUUAACCAAGGUCUUCUGGAACAAAACUCUAAGGCAUCGGCGUUCCAUGCACUUGCUUUUACUUAUCAGAGACCCAUAGUGAGUCCUGUGUGCUUGGUAGGGAAGCUAUCAACAGCCCACUGAAAAUAGACACCAUAGGAGGCACACAGCACAAAUAAUUUAAUUAUUCAUGAUCCGGAGCCCUCCAGUUGGUCAGGCUGCACUAGCAGUAUACCAACAUACUUCAGAAAAUAAAGGCUGGAAUACACUAUAUGACUUUUAAAAUGUAAACAGAUUUUAAAACACUGGGCAUCAUACACUAACCAACUUUGUGAUAGUCACCAAGGAAAAACUGAGGAUCGAACACUCCCAGACUUUAAAGUUGUUCUGAUCACAACAAAUUCAUACAGAAACUGCACACUGUUGCUAGGAGACGCAUGACAAAUGAAAACAAUAUGCGUUCUAAAAUCAGCACAAAAUAUCAAACAAGCUUGAUAUCCUCCGACUGGAUGGAAUUAUAGACUGAAGCUAAAAAAUCGGUAUCUGUGAUCAUCAUGCACUACACGAUUUUCUUUGGAAUCUGACUACUCAAAUCUGCAGACUGGCUCUGACUUUCAGCUACUAGCAUCAACUUCUCCAGACAGUAAAAAACUGUGUGGUGUAUUACAGACUUAAGAGAAUUGAACUAAAACCUUAAUGAUUGCA